AUGACCCUUCUCUUGAACGACCUCGACACGACUCCUUACAUUCCAGCGUGCAGCCAUCGGUACAAAGACGUCGUCAUUCAGUCAACCAAGCAUGUUCGGCAGGCGAUCAAAAUCUUGUUACGUGCUCUUGAACGCCGGUCAUUAGCUUUGUCCAAGUGUGCCAACCCUGACGCAGCUAUUCGCGAUGCCAACUCGAUUCAACUAUUGCAGCCGUCGUCAGCAAUAGGCUAUCUGUACGAAGGUGAUGCCUAUGCACAGCGAGGGCGACAGAAAAUGGCAUUGGCUGCGUAUGAUAAGGGGCUUGAAGCAGUAUCCAAAGACGAUCCCUAUUAUCAUCGACUUGAGGAUGGCAAGGCGAUAGCAGAAUCAGCAAUGAAUAAACGUAUCGACUUUUUGAGUCAAUUGCCUAUGGAUAUUGUGGCGAAUUGUAUUGCACCCAUGUUGAUGGAUGAUGUGGAGAUGACCCUGGAGGACAUGUCAUGCGAUUACAUGCAAGUGUCCCAAACAUGGCACGAGCGUAUCCUGAAAUCCAACUGCAUUCACCUCAGCUUUCAACCCAAAGAGGGCACAUCCAUAUCCGAUCCAUCUGGAAGCAGGCAGCAUGAGCGAUUGAAAAUGAUAGCUCCUUAUGUGAAGUCACUUUCGGUGGUUACUACAGGGUCCAGUGGCAGUUAUGAUUAUGGUGACAUCCACCACCUGAAGUUUGGCUCCUUGAGACAAUUGUAUAUCAAUGGAAGAAGCAACAUGGCAUCAUUAUGCUCGACCAUACGAUCCAUAGGAAGCAGCAGCGUUCUCACGCAUUUGGAGGUCAUCCCUCGUCACCAUACUGCAUAUGGACAAAAGGAUGAAUCAAUGACCAUGCAGCUUUCACAGAUAUUGAUGCUAUGUCCCAGGCUCAUUUCACUGACAUUGAAUCAUUGCGAGACCGAUAUGACAGCCCUUGACAGCGACCAACAAUACCCAGCCAUGAAGCAUUUAUUGUUACGUUAUACAGCAACUCCAAUCACUGAUGAAGGAAUGAUCGACAUAUUACGCCGUGUUCCUUCUUUACAACACCUCUCUGCUCAUCCAUGUUCCAGUCUAAGACCUCUGACCACCUUGCAUCAACAUUGUCCCUCUUUGAAGUCAUUAAAGUAUGGUACGGAUCAAUACGUGCCUUAUUUCUUUGAAAGUUAUCGUGGUUUUCAACAUGUGUUUCAAAUAUGGGAUGAAAGGGAUGUCCAUGCAGCAACACGCAUUUCAUUUUUACUCUCUUGUUUUGGAUCCAAAUUGGAAGCCUUCGAUUAUCGCUGUGGAUAUGGAUUAAGCAACAAAGCUGGCGCUAGCAGAUACCCGAUCACGGAUGACAUUGCCGCAAAAAAGAUAUGUCUACCUCGUCUACGAAAACUAGAUAUGGAUUUGCUAUGGGAAAAUGAUCUACCAGGGUGGAUCAUAGAGAAUGCACCGGCAUUAAAUUCAAUCCAUCUCGCAAACGCGGCUAUCAACAACAAAGUUAUCCACGCUAUGACGCAUCUAUCGAGCCUUGAAAACUUGCACAUGAUAUCACAACCUGAUGGAAUCCACAAUGACAGCUUGGUUCAAGCCAGAAAGUGCUUUUUCGAAACGCAGAGCUCUCUGGGAGACGCAUCUCGUUUGAAACAUCUAGCAUUCCAGGUAUCCAAUACACCACUCCUUGCUUGGUUGCUACCUGUGGCUACGCUUCCCAAAUUGGAAACACUUGGAUUCAGAGUCGGCAGCUUUGUUGACAAGGAAGUUGCCGAAUUCACAAAGCUACUUGCUGAACAGUGUUGGACCUUGAGAGAAGCAUCGUUCAGUAGCUAUCAUGGACAUUUUGAAACGGGUGUUAUCUCUCCUCUGAAAGACCUCAAGACCAUUGAGACGCUUUAUAUCCACACCAAUCAACUAUUCAAAGAGGAUGCGUUGGCUUUGGGGGAAUGUGAGGCUUUACAAAAGCUACAUGUUACCACACUACACAAGUUGGAACUUGAUCAGGCUGUUUAUCUCAAGAAGAACGUUCCAGAAAUGUAUUUUCAAACUUGUUCCGGGCUCUAUAAACCUUAUGAUAUCGAAGAUUAUGCAUUUGAGCUCAAGCAGCAACUCAAAGAAAGCCGUAGUAUCACAAAAGAUGAUUCUUUUGGAGAUCACCAUGCCUAG